GGUUGGCAUAUCGCGGCAUGGUCACGCAUGUGACAGCUACAUUCAGCUUAUAAUGCUUAAUUUAGGUAUAUAUUUAUUCGAAUAAAUACUAUUUGAAAACUGUUUCUGAUAUAUAAUGGAGAUUGAAGGCAGAGAUUUCAUCAAUACACCACCGUUGAAAACUGUGCGCUUUGGAGGCACAGUUGCCAAUACUUUAGCUAAACUACAAAAGGGCGACACAAGCGACUAUGAGCUGAUAAAACAUCAACUCUCAGACCCGGAUAUUAAGGAUGCUCAAAUUAUCAACUGGUUGCAGGAAUUUAGAACAUGUGUCACUCAGCUUGGCAAAGAUCAUGAACAAUUAGUAAACGUUGUUUUGAAACUGCCAUGGCUUGGUCGCAGUCAGGCUGUGGUGGAAGAAUAUUUGGCUUUUCUGAGUAACCUAGUGUCGGCACAAACAGUUUAUCUCAGAGCUUGUCUUCGAAUGGUCAUCACAAAUUUUUUACCGAAGAGAAUCAGAAUCCAAGAAGGAAAUGUGGAUAUUUCAGAUUCUGAUGAUGAAGAUGAAAAUCUGCCAAGGACAUUUGAUAAUUGUCAUCAAGCUUUACAGCUCAUUGCAAGAUAUGUUCCAUCAACCAGUCGAUUCCUGAUGCCAAUCCUCACUGACAAGUUCCCUUUUGUGCAGAAAUCCUCCAGAACGCUUGAGUGUUAUGUACACAACAUGUUGAGGGUUUCGGUCUACAUCCCUGACCUGAGGAAAGACAUACUAGAGCUCAUCAUCAGCAAGAUGCUUAUGCUAGAUGUUAGCGCACCGCGAAGUGAGAUUGAAGAAGUGGAAAGUGGAGCUCAGCAAGACACCAGCGGAGCAUCACAGGAUGAAUGUCUCUUCAACAUGGAUGAGGAAGAGGACUCUCCACUGAACUCGGGAGCUGAUGGAAGAGAAAUGGUUCACCCUGUGGCAGAGAGACUGGACACCAUGAUGACUGUCCUCCUGGCUUACAUUAAAGACGUUUCCCAUGCUGAUGGUACGUUAGAUAUCGAGAAAACCAAAGCUCUGUACAGAGACCUGGUGUCUGUGUUUGAUAAAGUGGUUCUUCCCACUCAUGCUUCCUGUCACGUGCAGUUUUACAUGUUCUACCUGUGCAGCUUCCGCCUGGUCAGUUCACAUUUCUCUCUCGUUCUCAAAAAGUUAAAGCAAAGAAACACAUGCAUCAAAACCUUUCUCGUGUUUACUUUUCAGGGUUUAGCUGAAGCUUUUUUGGAUCACUUAUGGAAGCUUUUACAAGGCCCCAACCAGCCCUCCGUCCUCCGGCAGUCUGCUGCGGGAUACAUGGGCAGCUUCAUGGCAAGAGCCAAGUUUUUACCAGUAUCGACAGUGAAGGCCUGUCUCGACCUGCUGGUUCCCUGGCUGCACCUUUACAUCGACAGUCAGGACUCGGGGUCUAAAGCUUUCUGCGACAUCAAUCUGCACGGCCCCUUUUAUACCGCCUGCCAGGCUGUGUUUUACACACUCAUCUUCAAACAUAAUGCCAUUCUGGAGGGCAAUAUGAAGAAAGGGCUGGCGUACCUACAGGGUUUGAAUCUGGAGCGUAUCGUGAUGUGUCAGCUCAACCCACUGAGGGUCUGUCUGCCUGCUGUCACCAACAUGUUUGCAGCCAUCACCAGGAAGUACCAGCUCGUGUUGUGUUACACCAUUAUUGAGCGCAACAACCGGCACAUGUUGCCAGUGGUGAGGAGUUCUGUGGGCGGCAGCUCAGUGCCCACCAACACAAACCCCCUGGAUAGUUUCUUCCCUUUUGAUCCAUACCUUCUGAAAAGUUCUGGGAAACUCAUUGAGCCGAUCUACCAGGUGUGGGAGGAACCGUCAGACUGUAUGAUUAAUGUGCCCAAGAAGGAAAUCCCGAAGGGCUCUAUGGAGGAGGAAGAUGAUUUUCUGCAUGGAGAAACUCCUCACGGAGACUCAAUAGUAGGGAUGACUCCGGGCUCGUAUGACUCUCAUCUGCAGAGCCCACGGAGCGUCGGCUCUCCUCCAAUCUCCUUCCUGCAGAGACCCUUCUGAUACACACACACAUAUCUCCAUGAGGAGGCGCUGGAGAGCAAUACACACACCAGCAUUACUUCUUUAGCCGGAGUUUAAAACCCCCCUGUAGGACAUUUUAAGACUAUAUCAAGACACGCACACACUUAAGAUGUGUUAGUAACAGGAAUCAAACACUGUUGGUGUUUCAAGUAGACAGUUUUGUGGAGAAACAGUCUGUACAGAUGUUGUGAUCAUGACUGUGUGCUCUUUUGGAGUGGAGAAAGCUGUUUGUAACAUUCUUCAGUUGUUUCUGGUGAGGUUUCAUUAGUAAAUGCGGUCAGUUCCUGUGUUAAGAGCUGGAGCUGUACAUACUAGGAAAUGUACAUACUUCAUUUAAACAUUUUAAAUAAUGGACCUUCUGUUAUUGUGUACAAAUAUUGCAUCUUGCACAGUAAAUAUUGUUUAACAAGAACAAUA